UUUGUGGUUGAUCUGGCCGAGCCGCUGGUGUCGCCCGAUACUCUGAAGGUGUUUUCGCUGACCAGCAAGCAGCAGAUCAUGCUGGGCCUUUCGGCUCGGCAUGCGUAAGAUCAGAACUGAUUCCAUCUCAAUCUGCAAGAUCGUCGACGGCAUAUCCCUGACCCUCCAGGAGCUCGAGUCGACUAUCCCUGACCAUAUCACGCCAUAUGUGCUCCUGUCGCUGAACAAGAUUCGCAACGAGCCAUCGAGCUCGACCGGAGCAAUCCUCACUUUCCAUCGGUUCGUGCUGCGAUAUGCUUGUCGAUACACAUGGCCAGGCAAGUCGGCCGACCAGCUCCAAGUUCACCAUCACUAUGUUCGCACAUUUCUGAGCUCGCUGAACGAGCGAAGCGACAGAGCCAUUCAGCUUAUGGAGGAGCUCGGGAACUAUAGCCUUCAGAUCGACGACUAUGGAGAGGCGCUUCAGAUGUUCCAGCGAUGCGAAAACAUACUCUCCGGCCGUGACCCUGGGUUCCUGGCGGCGGAUGCAUUCUGCACCGUGGAUCUGGCCAAGGUGCGAAAGCGCAUCGGUGUCUGUCGACAUGUCUUGAACAUGGCCUCCGAGUCGUCCGGAGCGGAAAAUGCGAUGAGCAGCAUCUACAAAGCUCUGCAGUCGGGCUGCUACUAUGACGAUAUCGUGAUGCACUUGGAGAGCGGUCUCGUCGCCGAGACAAUCCCGGCAAGCUUGAGGCAGUAUCUGGGUGAAGCUGCACUUGAUGCUGGCAGCGUCGAUGUUGCACUUGGGAUCGCCCUUGUCAAUGCAUUCCAGUACUCUGCCGAAGGAGCUGAUGCGAUGAUGAAGCAGCUGUCUCCGCGUCUGAUUGUGACGCUGAGGCACUCCGCCGACCCAAAGCAUGUGUUUGCCUGUUUCUUUUCCAAGAUCGAGAGGCACCGACUCCAGUCAGCAUCUACAACGGCCGAUGUCGUAUCGAGCUUCGUGAUCCAGUUUUGCGAUGCUAUCGACACCGUGCCGUUGUGGAAUGAGCUGUAUCAGCGAAAGUCCAAAUGUGGUCCGUUCACAGCCGAUCAGAAACAUCGGAUCGACAGGAUGGGCAAGAUCGCUGCGCCCGUAACUGGUGAUACCUUUUCCGAGGCACUGCUCAAUCUCGCCUUCCUCAAGCCGCCACUCUCGGCAGAUAGCAUUCUCGGCGAGCUGAAGAUGCUCAACAUUUCGCCCCAGGUUUCGAUCCCGUAUCUUUGCUCGAAUGCCCGUCUGUUCUACGAUCAGGGGCUGUACAUCGAAGCGGAAACCGCCAUCCAGGCAGCGUCCACAAUCCAUUCCAGCGGGCUCUAUGAUAACCCAAACAUCGGGGCACUGAUCCGUGAGCUCUCCGAGAAGAUCAAGAUCAUGCAGCUCUUCAAUCUCUACGAGGAGAGCCGUGGGGGACGCAAUGCAGGCGUUGUCCACAAUGCGAUUGUCAACCAAUUUGUCUCGCCUGACUUGGUGCUCGAUGUUGGCAUUUUUGUGAGUCAUCGUUGCUGCAGCGCUAGCUUUAUGGUCGAGCUUUCUAAUCGAUUCCUCAGGGUCGAGCUGGACAACUCAUUCCAGGACACAAAGUCGUAUCUGCAACGCCGUUUGCAGCUGAUCAAAGGACAGCUGCCAAACAAAGGUAGAGCUAGAGACGCUAUCAAUCAAGCCAUUGCCACACAGCUACCGGCGCACUUGUGCAAUAUCGAGUCCAUGUGCCCUUGCUAAGCUUGAACAGAAGUGGAUCGGCCGCUAAUUCAUCCAUGUUUGGUGGCGAU